AUGAGAGGGUACUCGGCUGAGGUCCUGGCUUUGACCCUGCCACAAAAGGCUAGAGGCCCUGGGGGCGAGGGCAUCAGUGCUUCCCGGGACAACACGCCACACAUCUUAACCCUCAUCUACUGUGGCCCAGGAGCGGCUCUCGCCUCGGGCUCUCUCAACUAUGAUGGAGCGACAUCCUCUCACACCGUGGACCAAAACACAUCUUCCUCCUCUAAGUUACCUUUUGUCAAGCAUUUGGUCACAGUGAAGAGUUUUUGCUACAUUCCCAUUGUGAGCAGUAUGACCCUGUGGGAGAGAGGUGCACCUUAUACAAGCCCUAGCCUUUGUUGUGCAAAAACAGCUGUGCCUUGCUCCAGAUUUGUUACUCAUAUGAAGAAUUUUUCUUCAUCACAUAAAAUGGACAAAUUGCAUUUCCUGCCAUUUCCAGGAUUUGUGGGGACUCACAGUCCAAUGACAGAUAAAAGACGACUUUGCACUACUCAGCAGUACAUAAUUCCCAAUACGCCCGUGAGCACAAUUGCUUUCGAUGAAGACUUUUGUGAAGAAGCCUGCUCUUCCCCAUCACCAUCCAGUGAAAUGGGUGAAGAUGACAUGUUCUUUACUGUCAAAGAAGAAGUGCAGCAACUGCCUAGAAGACCAUCCAACCAGGCCUGGAUCAGCCCAUUUCUGGAAAAGCAAGCGUCAAAUAAGUCUUUUAAGAGACUAUAUUCAGUGAAUGCCACUCCUAUGGAAGCUGCGGGUAGACAUGUACCACUACAGAGCCAUCCCUCGGGCAAGCCCAGGGGAGAUUCUGAUCCUGUUCUGAGGCCUUUUACCGCCAUUGGCCUCUGCAGUAGCGCCAGUCAGAACUCCUCUUCCCAGCAGAUAAACUGUAAGACCUCCUCAGAAGCUGUGCAGCAGGAUAAAGCGUCAGCCUCAGCCUCAGCCUCGGCCUCGGGACCCCUGACACACAGAGAUUUCCUAUCCGUCUACGGAAAUGCAUUAGCAAGAGGCACCAGAACAUUUGAGAUGACCCCCAAGCAUCUUCAAACCCCCACAGAACGGAGGGCAAAGGCAGCUAUUGCCUUCCAUGUCCCUGCGGCCAAAGAGCCCCUGCCUCUGCUCGUGGGCUCUUCUACCCAUUUAUUUUCCAAAAAGUUAAUGAAGGCUCGCUCCUCAGCAGCCCCGCGCCCACCACGGUGUUUCCAUACUGCUUGCUCACAGACUCUUUCGAGGCCAGUGGUGAAUGCUCACUUACACUGA